GACGCCGAGCCUCAAGCUCCGCGGGAUGUAAGUCCGGGCUACGUUGGCGAGAGGAUCACGAGGUACGAGCCCUACGGCUCCGACCAGAUCGACAGGUUUAUUCAGGUAAACAUCCACUGGCAUCUGGGGGCCGAGCACCGCAUGGAGGACGCGUAUGAUAGGCGGCCUCCGGAGUGGGCGAGCUACGUUACGGUGCCGGAUGAGAACAACGAAUCGCAGCAGGUCGUCCCCGGCUUGUGGUGUCCCACAGACGGUAUUGACGACGCCAAGCUAGACGAAUCCUCCUUCAACUUCACCUACUGCAAAGCUGCACAAGUCGGACCGAAGUCAGAUGGGCUGCAGGAGGAUGGUGACGAGGGGCAGCUGGGCAUCACAUGUCCUUUCUUGCACAUCUGCUGCAUCACCCUGCAGAACGAUUACGUGGACGCCAAAAACCGGACAUUCCUGGAACAGUGGCAGCAACCUCCAGCCGGCUCCGCUGUGCGGUACGUGGGCUCCACCACUGGCACCUCUUACGACGACGAGGUCUGCUCGCCUGUGGAGGUGAACUGGCACGUGGACCAAAGGUGCUGCACCUUGUCCGCCCAGGCCAUGGACAACCUCUGCAAGGACAUGAUAGAUGCUGGGCUGGAGGCAGACGUCGCCCCGAAGGGCUCACGCCGGCCUGUGGAUCGGCGCUGGGUCUCGGAU